AUGCAGAUUCUCAUUCUUGGUGCCCUUGUGGGACUCGUUCGGUUAGCCCAAGCCCAAGUAGGAGGCUACGGCCAGUGCGGAGGAAAUGGAUACUCCGGAAGCACAAGUUGCACCGCCGGCUAUGUCUGUGCUUCACAGAAUGCUUGCACAACAAGUAGCAGCACGACCACGGCAGCUGCAGUGACCACCACUUCCACUACCAAGGCCAUUACUACUACGCUGAUCACAACGACCAAAACCACUGCCCAGACUGCCACUGCCACUGCUUCUUCCUCGGGAGCGGCUACAUGCACUGGAGCAUUCAGCUCUAUAUCGGCCUCAAACUUCAUUUCCAGCCUUCAUCCCGGAUGGAAUCUCGGAAACACACUCGAUGCUGUUCCUGACGAGGGGUCUUGGAACAAUGCUGCUGUUGUGGCAUCGACAUUUGAUACUGUGAAGACUGCUGGCUUCAGAAGUGUCCGCAUCCCGGUUACAUGGGCUUAUCAUUUUACGGGAAGCUCGCCAGAUUGGACUGUCGAUCCAACGUGGCUGCAGCGAGUUUCUGAUGUUGUGGAUAUGGUUGUGUCUCGUGGGUUGUACGCCAUUGUUAAUGUGCAUCAUGAUUCGUGGAUCUGGGCAGAUGUCACUCAGUCCGGAGCCAAUCUCACCAUGAUUGAAGAGAAGUUUUAUCGACUCUGGUAUCAAAUUGGAACGAAAUUGGCAUGCAAGUCUAGUCUUGUUGCAUUUGAACCUAUCAAUGAGCCCCCGUGUAAUACUGCAACUGAUGGAGCGGAGAUCAACAAGCUGAACAAGAUCUUCCUCCAGGCUAUCAAUGAUGCUGGUGGCUUCAACUCACAGAGAGUCGUUACUCUCAAUGGUGGGGGCCAGGAUAGCGUCAAGACUUCGCAGUGGUUUGUUGCUCCUACUGGGUUCUCAAACCCCUAUGCAAUCCAAUUCCACUACUACAGUCCCUAUGACUUCAUUUUCAGCGCUUGGGGAAAGACCAUCUGGGGCUCCGACAGCGACAAAGCCACAGUGCAGACCGACUUCCAACUACUCCGCAACAACUUCACCAACGUGCCUAUCCUCUUAGGAGAAUACGACGCAUCACCCACCAACACCGAGCCCGCUGCCCGGUGGAAAUACGUAGACUUCCUGAUCAAAACAGCCCUCAAACUUGAUAUCUCCUGCGUACUGUGGGAUAAUGGAUUGGAUCAUCUCGACCGCACUGCCAGCACCUGGAGAGACACUAACUCGAUCUCUAUGAUCACGAAAUCUACUGCGUCUACUGCCAACAGCUUGCCGGAUAGCACUGAAGACUCUUCUGCCACUACCCAGUCAUCAUCCGCAUAUAUCUUCCAUCAAUAUGGAACUGCCGUUGCUGCGUAUACCUUGCCCUUCAUCUUCAACGGCAACACGCUCUCAUCGAUCAGCGACUCUGCCGGCUCGACUUUGGUGUCUGGGACUGAUUAUUCGGUCUCGGGUGCGAAUAUCGUCUUUACGGCUUCGUACCUGUCAAAGCAUCUCUCGGCUACAACGGCGCCAGGACUAAUUGCUACCUUGACUCUGAAGUUCUCUGGUGGCGCUUCAUCCCCUGUGGUAAAGAUUGUUCAGUGGAAGACUCCGACUUUGUCCAGUACAUCGGCUGUGGCAUCUUCGGUCUCUGGCUCUGAUCUUUCCAUUCCGAUCACUUGGGGCGGACUUCCAACUAUCGCUGCUGUCAAGGCUCUCACCAAGAGUGGAACAUACUUGGUUGAUGACUGGACUGUAUACCUCGGUCCUAUCCAGCAGGCCAGAACGACCUAUAGUGGACAGUAUAAUUGGGAUUCAUCCAACGUGAUACUCACUUCGUCGGUGAUUAGCUCCGUCAUCUCCGCAGGCCAAUCGACUGUUUUCACGUUUGAGUUCUUCCCCCGGGACAAUGGCGUUGUGAAUGCUGUCAACUUCACUUUGACUGUUUAG